GUGUCAAACGGAGUGACUUGCCUUGCCUGACAUGACACUUGUUUAUCAAAACUUCGUGAAAUCAAUACGCAUUAAAUUCUAAACAAAGUGAAAUUGUUUGUCUAUUAUUCAUUUUAGUUUAAUCCAAGCGUUGAAGAACUCGUUUAAAAAACAAGUGGAAGAUUUGUCGCCGAAAUGGCAAACACGUUCGCUGUUUGUCUACUAAUCCUCUUUGGUACAAAUUUGUCGUUAGCUCGACAAGUACCCAAAGAGUGCUCUAAAGGGCCCGAGUAUUGGUGUCAAAGUCUCAAGAUCGGCGCGCAAUGCGGCGCGGUGGGCCACUGCAUCGGGACAGUAUGGGAGACGAAGCUGGCCAAGGUCCGCCACAACGAGGUGGCUUCCACCUUCAUCAGGCUCUUCCAGGAGCUCAAAGACAUGCAGGACAUGAUUAACGAGGAAUACCUUGGUCUCCGUGUAGAAUCAGCCUGCCACGAUAUGCCUGAUGCCGCCAUCACCCAGAUCUGCAAGGACAACACGGCUUCCCUGCAGCAGUACCUGUUCAAGGUGUUACAGUCUGACACCAGCCCGGACGUGAUGUGCCAAGUCAUCCGCAUGUGUGACAAUGACAAGAUUGACAGCUUCCUGGCUAAGAAGAACAAGAAGGCAGUGAUCAAACCAAAGAAACCUACAGAACACCUGCUCGGAGGCAAACAAUGUACGUGGGGACCAUCUUACUGGUGCAGCAACUUCAGUACCGGUCGAGAAUGCCACGCCACCAGCCACUGCGUCACCAAGGUGUGGCCGACCAUGACCUUCCCUGAAGACACUGACAGCAUCUGCAAGAUCUGCACUGAUAUGGUGCAGCAGGCCCGGGACCAACUGUUGAGCAAUGAGACACAGGAAGAACUCAAGGAAGUGUUUGAAGGCUCCUGCAAGCUGAUACCCAUCAAGAUCGUGACCAAAGAGUGCAUCAAGUUGGCCGAUGACUUCGUGCCGGAGUUGGUGGAGACCCUCUCCUCUCAGAUGAACCCGCAGCAAGUGUGCUCCGUCGCCGGACUCUGCAACAACGUUAGGAUCGACCAGCUGCUUGAAAGAUAUAACACGCAACUGCAAUUGCGCGCGAGUUGCGACAACUGCCACUCGACAGUGUCCGUGAUGCGGCGCAAAUUCGAGCAGACCAGCUAUGACGAUCUAUUGGUCAACUUACUGCAGGUGUGCGGUAAAAUGGAUUCCCUAUCUGACUCCUGUUCGAUGUUAGUGUUCAAAUACUUUGAGAAUAUCGUGUCCGGACUCAAGGAAGGGCUCACGCCGCAAGGAGUCUGCCACAUGAGUGGACAAUGCGCUUACAAGUUCCACACUCAUGACGAAUUUACCUUCCCGGUCAUGACUGGAACCGUGAAGUAUGAAGACGACGUGCCGUGCGAAUUUUGCGAACAAAUGGUGAUCCAUCUCCGCGAUGUGCUGGUAGCCAACACCACCGAAACUGAAUUCUACAGGGUGCUUACAGGUCUCUGUAAACAAACCGGUACCUUCAAAUCUGAAUGCCUUCAUCUCGCCGAGCAGUACUACCCCACGAUCUACAAGUACCUCGUGAGUGAUCUACAGCCAGAGAAGCUGUGCACCAUGAUGGGGAUAUGUGGCAAGAAACAGGGACAACCGGAGGUGCCCAUCGCGCCGUUGCUGCCGAAGGAACUGGCCAUCACAGCUGUCAAAAGGGCUGAAAAGAGCCAGAUAGGCCGUGUAUCCGUGGCGAACAAGCAGACGAGCGUCCGCGUGCUGGGCGCGGCGAGCGCGGCGCUGCCGGUCGAGCGAAUGUUCGCGCGGCUGCCGCGCGGCGCCUCGUGCUCCUUCUGCCAGUACUUCCUGCAUUACCUGCAGGUCGAACUCAGCGACGAAAGGACCGAGGACGCAAUCAAGGCGGCAGUGGAUAAGGCGUGCGAUCGUUUACCCAACUCCGUAGAAGGGGAGUGCAAGCAGUUCGUCACAGAGUACGGGCCGGCUGUCAUCGCGCUGUUAGUGCAGGAGAUCGACCCCGCCAGCAUUUGCCCAGCGCUGGGCUUGUGUCCGCAGACGGAGGCGGUGCGCCGCGUGACCAUCAACUCGGAGUCCUCUAACUGCCCGCUGUGUCUGUUCGCGGUGGAACAGCUGCAGACCAUGCUUAAGAAGAACAGCACUGAGGCCGAAGUCCGUCAAGCCCUGGACAAAUUGUGCACGCACCUGUCCAAGAAAUUCCAAACCCAAUGCACAGACUUCGUGGAUACUUACUCUGAACAACUAGUGGAAAUGCUUAUCGCGGAUAUGAACGCUCAGGAGAUCUGCGUCUUCCUCAAGCUCUGCAAGGACGAUACCAAGCAUGUUGACCCUCUCCGCGUGACGUCACAGACCAUAGACUCGUACCACUCGGAGCCUCACCGCAUGGCCGACAGGAACAACAGAAAGAUACCGAUGCUGCCUAAAUCUAUGCUGGAGAAGGAAGCCGGUGGCGAUAUAGAAACGAACGAAAUCCCCGACGACACAGUGAACGGGCGGCCGGUCGGCGACGUCUCACAGAAGACCGUGUGCGUCGUCUGCGAGUUCGUGAUGAAGGAGAUCGACGAUCAGAUCAAGGACAAACACAACGAGGAUGAAAUCAAGAAGAUAGUUCACAACGUCUGCCAACGCAUGCCCAAGUCAGUUCGCUCUGAAUGCGACCAGUUCGUGGAGAAAUACGCUGAACUGGUCAUCAGCCUGUUGGCCCAAGAUCUGGAGCCAACGCAAGUUUGCACCGAGUUGAAGCUGUGCCAGCCUACCGACCUCGCUGCUGUUAGAGAGGAGAUUCUAGACUGCGCCGUAUGUGAGGUGGUAGUAAUGGCCGUGAAGAAGGUCCUAAACAACGACAAAGUUGACCGCAACAUCGUUCACGUGGUGGAAAGGGCCUGCGGAUUGUUGCCUGCCAAAUAUUCUACUCGGUGUCACACAAUGAUGGAGAUCUACGGCGACAGCGUGAUCCACCUCAUAGAGGAGUUCGGGGCCAAGGGCGCGUGCCACAAGAUAGGGCUCUGCGUCGGGCCCGUGCAGUCCCUGCGGCUGCGGUUCUAACAAUAUAACAUCGGAUAUCAUCAUCAUCGCAAGAGUGUAAUCUCCAUUGUAUACUUUUCUCUUAAUAAUAUUUUACCAAAAUCAUUAUUUUUAUGUUUGAUUAAUUUCAACAAAAUAUAUUGUGACUAUUACCCAGUGUUCCGCUGAGAAGCAAGUUGUAGUGUAUCGCACAUUAUAUUAACAUUUUUAAAUAUAGUAGCUUAUGUAUUUUGGUAUAUUAUGGAAACGUACUUAUUUUAAUCUGAUAUUACUUUUAUGAAUCUAGCUCACAGAAAUCGUUUUUUUUUUAGAUCUACAUGAGUGAGUUUUUUUUUCAGCCAACGAUUUCUUUAUUUUUUAUACUUUUUUAACUUCUUCUUUUUGUUCAUUAGUUAAUCGUCAAGUCAGAAGAUAUUGAAUUAUAGAUAAAUAAAUAAUAAAAUUGGGUCUCGAAAAAUAUAUCCUGUCAUUCGGUAUACAUAUCUUAUCCAGAUAUGAUAUAUUUGUAUUAAGAUAACUAUAUAAAUAGUCACACUACAUUUUAGUUCUAGAUUAAGAUCAACGUGUACGUAUUACAAGUAGCAUGCAUUAAAGAUUUAUAGCCAAUCUUCGCUCGCUGAAAUCAAUAGUUACACACGCUAGCCUGUGAUAACUCAUUUGUAAAAUGUUUCUAAUAUAAAGUUUGGGAAAAUCAUA